AUGAUGCUAUUCAGCACAUCACUAGCUGGACCAGCACUAGAUUGGGCGCAGCAUGAACCACUCUCUACAAUCGAGUCAUGGAUCGAUUUUAGAGAAGCUUUCUUGAAGAGAUUUGCAAGGAUGCCACCUUUCAAAUCCAAGUACCAUCACUACUCUCAUCAGCUGGAGAGAGAGCAAUGUGCAAAGGAGCAUCUAUGCAACUUUGAGCAGCUUUGCCACGACUAUGGACUUGGAGAUAACCCCAAGAAGAUACAACUUUUCCAACUAUCACUAGCUGGACAAGCCAAAGACUGGGCUAAGUUCAACGCCCAACAUGCUUUCAAGACUUGGAAUGGAUACAAAGGAGCUUUCCUCUACAGAUUUGCUAAAGGUCCUAUUUAUGUCCCACCACCACGCCCAAGCUAUUCACAACACCAUCCAUCAUCACCAGACAUAAACAAGACACCACUUUUCCCAAGGGAGAGCUACCAAGCUGCGCGCCAAACCAAGAUUGAAGAUAUGCUUCAAGAGUACUUGAGAAAUCAAGAAGAGAGUACAAAGAAGAUGGAGAGAGAAUCGAUUUCAUCCAUGAGAGCCUUGGAAACAAAUCUGAAGUCCUAUUCAAGCAAGUGA